CUUGAAUGCUCUGGUUAUUGCACAAUUCCCUUUUUUGGUCUCCCAAAUCCAGGCGUAACGGUUUAUCCUUUUGUCUAGUUGUUUGUGUUUCUGAUCGCAAGGAAUGAGCAAAGAGAUUGUAAAGGAAGUAACGCCUUCGUCGUCCGCUGUCGCUCAGGCCGAAAAUCGUGUUUUUGCUAGUCUGAGAGGCGUCCAAUGGCGUAUCAAUCUCGGAAUUUUACCUCCUUCUUCAAUUGAUGAUCUCCGAAGGGUAACAGCUGAUUCUCGCAGAAGAUAUGCUGGUUUGAGAAGGCAACUGCUGGUGGAUCCACACGUUCCCAAAGACGGAGCAAGAAAUGCCCCCGAUCUUGUUAUGGAUAAUCCGCUCUCACAAAACCCAGACAGCACCUGGAGUCAAUUCUUUCGGAAUGCUGAGCUGGAGAAAAUGGUUAACCAGGAUUUAUCACGAUUAUAUCCAGAGCAUGAAAGCUACUUCCAGACUCCCGGAUGCCAGGGAAUGUUGAGACGGGUAUUGUUAUUGUGGUGCCUUAGACACCCAGACUGUGGUUAUAGACAAGGAAUGCAUGAACUCUUGGCUCCUCUGCUGUAUGUUCUUCAUAUUGAUGUUGAGCGUCUCUCAGAAGUGCGGAAGCUAUAUGAAGACCAGUUCAUUGACAAAUUUGAUGGAUUUCCAUUUGAAGAAAAUGGUGGUGCUUACAAUUUUGAUUUUAAGAAGUUCUCAGAUUCUAUGGAAGAUGAGAUUGGUUCUCAACGCAAUUCAAAGAAAGUCUGCAGUCUUUAUGAGCUUGACCCCGAGAUACAGGCCAUUGUAUUGCUAAGUGAUGCUUACGGAGCUGAAGGUGAACUUGGUAUUGUCUUGUCUGAGAAAUUUAUGGAACAUGAUGCCUAUUGUAUGUUUGAUGCUCUGAUGAUUGGGGCACAUGGUUCAGUUGCUAUGGCAGAUUUUUUUGCUUCCUCUCCUGCAGCUGAGUCCCAAAGUGGCUUGCCUCCUGUCAUUGAAGCCUCGGCUGCACUAUAUCAUUUACUGUCAAUCGUUGAUUCAUCUCUGCAUACCCAUCUUGUUGAGCUUGGUGUUGAACCGCAAUAUUUCGCACUUCGCUGGUUGCGAGUUUUAUUUGGACGGGAAUUUUCACUUCAAAAUCUCUUAGUUGUAUGGGAUGAGAUUUUCUCAGAAGAUAAUAGCCCACUCAAUAAAGUUUCUGAGGACGCUGACCAUUUCAGUUUUAAACUACUCAGUUCACGCCGUGGAGCACUAAUUGCCGCUAUGGCAGUCUCUAUGAUACUUUAUCUGAGAUCUUCCUUGCUUGCCACUGAAACUGCAACUUCUUGUCUUCAGAGACUCCUGAAUUUUCCAGAGUGUGUAAAUCUGGAAAAUCGUAUAGAGAGGGCAAAGUCACUGCAAAUUCUUGCAUUGGAAUCUAACAAAGCAUCUUUGUUGUCUGCAUUUGGUGGGGCUUAUAACUGCAUGAAAUCUCCAUCGAGCAGCCACAAAAUUUCAUCUGAUUUAGGUUCUCCGAAACCUGCUCCAACCCCGCUGCCUGACAGCUAUUGGGAAGAAAAGUGGAGAGUACUUCAUAAGGCAGAGGAGCUAAGGCAAAAUAGUUUAGGAAAGCAUGCUACAAGUGGGAAAAAGAGUUGGUCUGAAAAAGUAAAGUUUGGCCUACUUAGAACUGAAUCUGCACCAUCACCUGCAAGAAAAGAAAAAUGCAAAAAGGACAAUCAUUCCGUUAGGCGUAAUUUGCUUGAAGAUUUGUCUAAGAAGCUUGGCUUGGAGGAUGAUGCUGUAAAGGGAUGCUGUUUCGAGGCUUCUAAUUCAGACGACCAUCAUUCUGUAGAGGUUCAGGGGGAGGAACAAAAUUGUGCUAACAAGCGGUCUAUUUGCACAGCAGAGAAUAGAUGUGAGAAUGGAAGUGGAGCUGUUGUCAGUGAAGAGAACUCAUCUAUUUUUUCCGACCCAUCAAGUCCUCCUGGUUGUGGCAUUAAUGAUCAUGAAAAUGACACAGAAAAGAGUAGUGUUACGUCAAAUUUAUCGGUAGAUGAUAAUGAUGAUCACCGGCGGAGGAGCCCAGAAGAUUUACCACAUCAGGUUCCCUUUCCUACCGAAGAUGUCUCACGAAGUCCUCUGCAUGAGAAUGAAUCUUCAGGGAAGACCUCAUCAACGAAGGAGAGAAGGCAUCUUUCAGGUAAAUUCCAGUGGUUUCGGAAGUUUGGACAAAGCAAUGUCAGUGAGAAGACAUCCGAUAAACGAGGAGGUAACAAUGAGGCUGCAAAACCUCCAAUUUUUGAUAGCAAGAGCAGUACAAGCUGUACAGCAGACUCAUCUGCUGCUGGUGCUUCUUGUAACUCACAUCCGACGAGCAAAGGUGAUACUGUGGACCAGAAUAUGAUGGGGACAUUGAAGAAUCUUGGGCAGGCUAUGCUUGACCACAUCCAGGUUCUGGAGUCGGUUUUCCAGCAAGAUCAAGGCCAAGUAGGAUCAUUGGAGAAUUUGUCUAAAAACAAUCUAGUUGGCAAAAGGCAAGUUACAGCCGUUACAGCUCUCAAGGAGCUUCGGAAGAUCAGCAAUCUUUUAUCAGAGAUGUGAGAUUUUUUAGUUUCCCUUUUCCAAUUAAAUUAACCUGUACAUACUUGAUGUAAUUACCAUUUUUCGAUGCUAAUAAAAUAAAUUUCUUGACC